UAUAGCAAGAAGAAAGAAUUCAUAUUGUGUUCGGUAUUCGUUUUCAUUCUUAGAGUCUGCUGUGAGGAUUUAAUGUGAUUUUAAUAACACUAAAAGAACUAGUAAUAUUUGAUAUAAACCGUAUUGGUUGUAGCAUCCCUUGUGUGUUAAUCGAGUGUCGUAAUCUAAAUGUUAAAAUGUGAAUCGUUUUCAUGUGACUACCAUCAAUUUCACUCAUCUAAUUUCAUGCACAAAUCAAAGUUUUCCUUCAGAUUGCACAUUUUACUGACAACGUUAGAAAUCUCAAACCACAAAUAGAGUAAAUACGAAAACCGCACUACAAUUUGUUCCAGCGAAAAUUGAUGGAAUUUUAAAUUGAAAAUUGGAAUUCUUCACCAUACCGAUACGUAUAGAUGUACAUAUAAAUGCAAAAGCAAGUUGUGUAAGCCAAUUAAUCAAACUUUGAUGAUAAAUACAGAAAGGGAGUAUUUAAAACGCCAUUGAAAUUGAAUACACGCUGGGAGCGUAUCAUCACCGGAAUCAAUUAAAAAUUGAUUAUUUUCGGUCAGGUGAUUUGAAAGAGUGCUUUCAUUUCCAUUCUUUUUUCCUUUAAAUAUUGAAAUACACGCAACUAAACCGUCACCGAUCUACCGGUUCAAAUCAACAUACCAGUUCAAAUCAAAGAGCCGUCAUCAUCAGAUUAUGAAGAAACGUCUGAAAACAAGUACAACGAAACGCGCAGCGAUGAAAAUGAAACGGCUUCGGCCUGUGGUCGAACCAAGAAGCAUUUAAUAGAUGUUAGUGAUAAGAUUAGCAGCUUUACAAUGGAAUGUACGAAUCGGUUGAAUCGUUGUAGUACAUGGUUUUGUUCACGCAACAAUGAUACGAACGUAGAUCGAACUAGAAGUCCGUCGGUGGAUGUAUUUCAAGGUCCCGGUCCGAGUCCAGGCAGUGCGGGCUCAUGUGGUGAUGACAGUGUACCACCAGCGAAAAACUGUUAUCGAUUGGUAAUGUUAGGUUCGGCUCGUGUUGGUAAAACAUCAUUGGUGUCCCGUUUCUUGGGUGGUAAAUUUGAAGAUUCGUACACUCCUACCAUUGAAGAUUUUCACCGGAAAUUGUAUCGCAUUAGAGGCGAGGUGCAUCAGUUGGAUAUUCUAGACACUAGUGGAAAUCAUCCAUUUCCGGCAAUGCGGAGGCUAUCAUUUUUAACUGGCGAUCUUUUCGUGCUAUGCUUUAGUAUGGACUCCAGAGAAUCAUUUGAAGAAGUAAUACGGUUAAGGGAACAAAUAUUAGAAACAAAAUUAAGUGCCAUAUCUGGUUCAUCUGGACGCUCAAAGAAAAAUUUGCCCAAAGUGCCAAUGGUAAUUGCGGGAAACAAAUGUGAUAAAGAAAUGAAAACGGUACAACGCGAGGAAGCUAUUUCAUACUGUGCCACCCAGGACUCGGCAUGUGUGUUCGUUGAUUGUUCUGCCAAAAAAUUGCAACGGGUCGACGAUUUAUUCUACGAAUUGUUCAAUGCUGCAAAUCUUCCACCCGAAAUGGCGCCGAAUCAUCACAAACGAGUUAGCACAGCAUUCGGUUCACCAUGUACACUACCGCCCCAUGUUCCAUCGGAUAAAUCGAAGAAAUACACGCUAUCCAUCAAGCGGCGUCUGAGUGAUGCUUGCGGCGUUGUUGCACCGAAUGUUCGGCGACCGAGUAUUCGCACCGACCUAAUGAUAAUGCGCACGAAAACAUGUUCGUUGGGUGACGGUGAAGGGGCCGCAUCUGGUGGCUUCGGUAGAAUAUCGAGAAAUUCAAGCGGUUGCGUAAUACAAUAAAAAAAUUAGUUUUGUAUUUGGUGUUUUUUGCAUCCAGCAUAAAAGUUGACAAAGAAGGAAAACUAACAAAACAAAAAAGAGAAAAAUUUUUAAUCAUAAGGUUUUUUGUGUGUGCGUUUUACUAUACAGUAGGUCAUAAGAAAAUUGUUAAGUUUAAAUUUGAAUUGAAAACUUAUUGGAAAUUAUAGAUCGAUUUCAGAUUGUUAAACAAAAUGUUUUUGAUAUUCUAAUUAAAUUUUAAGACACCAACCAUGACUAUAAUUUUGAGUAUAAAACAUAGGUUUUUUAUAAAGAAGAAAGAUAAAAAAUAAAAUUGUAAAAAUAAAAUUUAAAUUUGAUCGCGAAUAGUGAAAAUAAAUGACCAGAUUGUCCGGACAUCCGACACAAUAGUUUAUUUUCAAGAUAACUUAACAAAGAAAUAUGUGUACAAAUAGACACAAAGCAAUAUCUACACACAAAUGUGUUUGUCCUUUUAUUUAUUGACCAUGCAUGUCUCGUAGUCUCGUAACAACCAGCACUGGUUCAGCACUAUCCCGUUCUACUUAUAAAUACACGAUGUCGCAGUUACCAAAGUGAUUGAACUUCUUUUUUUUUUAGAAAAAAUUGUUGUUCUAUCUCGAUAAGGUAGGCAUUUCAAUGUUGUUCUCUCAGAAAAGUAACACUUCCUUAAAACCGAACUUAGGGACUGCACUUAAAAAAAGAUAUUUCCACUCUAGAAUUUGCACGGAAAGUAACACUGAAAUUUAUUGGAUUAAUUCAAAAUGAUGGCACAAAAAAAUGGAUUUUCCUAAUUUUUCAAGCUAAAUUAUGGAAUUUGCACAUCGAUCUCCGUUUGUCGCGCUGAAAGUCGAGUAUCACAAAACCGAAAUAAAAACCGAGCUCACAAAAAUACUGUUGGCGGUUUUCCUCGAAACUCGAAAAAUCAAAUAAAAUUUCUAAGAUCCAGAGUGAAAACAAUUCCAUUCUGUUUGUUGAAUCACCAACCUUUGUCGUUUAUUUUUUGGCCAAGACAUUGCCUAAAUCGAUUUUACACCCGAUUUCACAUUAUAUUGUAAAUACAG